AUGGAGACAAAUCGACUUGCGUUGCAUGCAGACUCGCGUGCGCUCGAGAUUCUUUCCCCCUCCCUUCCCCUCUUCUCCCCUACCAUCAUAUCACAUCAGAUGAAGGCGCGCCUAGCUGGUGGUCGCUUCCUAUCACUCAUACGAGCUGGUUUUUUAGAAUUCUCGGAAACCUCUCCACCUUGGAUGGAGGAGACAAGGCGACUUGAGAUGCAUGCAGACUCGCGUGCGCUCGAGAUUCUUUCCCCCUCCCUUCCCCUCUUCUCCCCUACCAUCAUAUCACAUCAGAUGAAGGCGCGCCUAGCUGGUGGUCGCUUCCUAUCACUCAUACGAGCUGGUUUUUUAGAAUUCUCGGAAACCUCUCCACCUUGGAUGGAGGAGACAAGGCGACUUGAGAUGCAUGCAGACUCGCGUGCGCUCGAGAUUCUUUCCCCCUCCCUUCCCCUCUUCUCCCCUACCAUCAUAUCACAUCAGAUGAAGGCGCGCCUAGCUGGUGGUCGCUUCCUAUCACUCAUACGAGCUGGUUUUUUAGAAUUCUCGGAAACCUCUCCACCUUGGAUGGAGGAGACAAGGCGACUUGAGAUGCAUGCAGACUCGCAUGCGCUCGAGAUUCUUUCCCCCUCCCUUCCCCUCUUCUCCCCUACCAUCAUAUCACAUCAGAUGAAGGCGCGCCUAGCUGGUGGUCGCUUCCUAUCACUCAUACGAGCUGGUUUUUUAGAAUUCUCGGAAACCUCUCCACCUUGGAUGGAGGAGACAAGGCGACUUGAGAUGCAUGCAGACUCGUGUGCGCUCGAGAUUCUUUCCCCCUCCCUUCCCCUCUUCUCCCCUACCAUCAUAUCACAUCAGAUGAAGGCGCGCCUAGCUGGUGGUCGCUUCCUAUCACUCAUGAAGGCACGCCUGGCUGGCGGUCGCUUCCGAUCGCUAAACGAGGCCCUUUACACGUCAGAUGGGGACAAAGCGUUUCAGAUGUUUUCUGAAGAUCCAAACGCGUUCGCACAGUACCACGAGGGCUAUCGGGAGCAGGUGGCAUCCUGGCCAAUCAACCCCCUCCACGUCAUCAUUGACUGGAUCCGCCAGCGCCCAGCCACCCUCACAGUCGUGGAUUUUGGCUGCGGCGAGGCGAAGCUAGCUGCAAGUGUGCCAAACAAAGUGACCUCCUUAGACCUGGUGGCUGCUGCUCCUGGUGUGAUCGCAUGCAACAUGGCGCAU